GGGUGGGGCGGGCGUACCGCGCGCGCGAUGGCGGGCCGGCGCGGGGCGCUGAUCGUGCUGGAGGGGGUGGACCGCGCCGGGAAGAGCACGCAGGGCUGGCGGCUGGUGGAGGCGCUCCGGGCCGACGGGCACAGAGCCGACCUCCUCCGCUUCCCGGAGAGAACAACAGAGAUCGGGCGGCUGAUCAGCUCCUACCUGGCGAAGGAGAAGAACCUAGAGGACCACACCGUUCACCUGCUCUUCUCUGCAAAUCGCUGGGAACAUGUACCGUUGAUGAAAGAGAAACUACAUCAAGGGAUCACGCUUGUGGUUGACAGAUACGCCUUUUCUGGAGUGGCCUUCACAAGUGCCAAAGAGAACUUCUGCCUGGACUGGUGCAAACAGCCUGAUAUUGGACUCCCAAAGCCAGACCUGAUUCUGUUUCUUCAGUUAAGCCUGGAGGAAGCAGCAGAACGAGGGAACUUUGGAAAUGAACGUUAUGAGAACAGCUCCUUCCAAGAGAAAGUUCUACAGUCUUUCUAUCAUCUGAUGAAGGACAAGACGUUAAACUGGAAGACAAUGGACGCUUCAAAGAGCAUAGAAGACUUGCACAGAGAAAUCAAGUCCGUUGCAGAGGAAACCAUGCAGGAGGUUCAGAAUAAGCCUUUGGGAGAACUGUGGAAGUAAAGCUUUAUACCGGUUAUUCUUUUAGACCUAAGGGAAAACUCACCUUUUGGAUCUUCCUCACUUGGGUAACUUCCCUACACACCUUCCAGUACCUACAGCUUAGAUCCCAUGUAUUCUUCUGGGUCCAGCAUGGUGCCAAUACCCUUGUGAUUUUAUCUGCUCCUCCUCUCUAUGCUGUAUAGUCCAUGCUGUAUUUCAUAAGUGAACGCAGGUUAAGUAUGUAACAAAUUCCUUAUAAAACUCUCCCUACCUCAAGAGGGAGCUCUUGUUCAGUCUGGUAGUACAGAUAUGGGUGUGAAGCUCAGUGCUGCCCCCACACACAACAGCAAGAGGCAGGCAACAGCCGUCCCAGUUUUGGGGAACUGCUAUGUUUCUGAUUCUUCUGCCUCUCUAGUAAAUGCAUCCCCGGUGCUGAAACCCGUUUGUAGAGGGCUUGCUAAUAAAUUAUUCUUUUAAACAU